GCUUAUAACUUUUCUAAAUGUCUUUCUAUUGAUAAUUUUCUGAAAAACAUUAAUUAUCUACAUCAAAGACUAGUAAUAUUAUUCCUAGCUACAAUCAUUUUUGUGGGGUAAUGAAAAUUGAGGGGAUCAAACACUUCUUAGUAUCAAUUCCACAGUACGUUAAAAGGAGCCUGUACCACCUUGACUCCUCCUCUCUCUUCUACAGUGGUAUCGCCCAGGAGGGGACCUGACUUUCCCCCCUCGUACCAGUGGUAUCCUCAAGGAGGAGAUUGUACCACCCUGACUCCUUCUCUCAUCCAGUGAUAUCUCCCAAGAGGAAACUGUGAUCCUGCCUUUCUUCCCCCUUCUUAGUGGUACCUCCCUUGAAGAUCUGGACACAUCUCCCCUUCCUCUGUGAUGCGGUUUGGAACCUCUGCUUCUGUAAAUUUUGCACAGACCCAUAGAACCCAGUUCCAAGUUUCUACGCAUGAGCGACGCCCCCCGCCGUCGCCUUCUAUGGAACAGCCCACUGUACGGAAAAGACGCUAAGAUGACUGCCCUCAUAGUGGAACACCUCGGCGCAGCCAUGUUCCUCGCCCGUUACUGCUGCUCAUGGUUCAAGUCUCUGCAGGUCUCUAACUGCACAUUGUUCAGAGAUUUGUUGGUAUGUCUGUGGAGCUGUUGAGCUUUCCCCUUAAUGGAGGCUGCAGGAUCUUCCAUUUAUUUUGACUGCAGCCCAUAUACACACACCUCUCAAGCUUUGGAAGGUGGACUGGUAUCCAGAGUCAACAUGCCAGCUAAUGGGAAGUCACCCCAGAGGUUUCCUGCCCUGGUUCCAGGACAACCUGGUGGAUCAUUUGAGGGAUCCGUGUCAUUCGAAGAUGUGGCUGUGGAUUUUACCCGACAGGAGUGGCACAGACUGGAUCUUGCCCAGAGGACCAUGCACAGGGAUGUGAUGCUGGAGAACUACAGCAACCUGGCUUCUGUGGGCCUCUGCGUGGCCAAACCAGAGAUGAUCUUCAAGUUGGAGCGAGGGGAAGAACUGUGGAUAUUAGAGGAGGAAUCCUCAGACCAUGGUUACACAGGUGCCAACAGUUCUGUUUGGGGUAAUUCGCUCAGGCAUGAUAAUGACCUUCAGCGUCGGAAAAUUCAAACUUUGGAUCAAACUGUCAAAUAUCAGAAAGCCUUCUACAAGAGAAUGAGCUUUGUUGGACACAAAAGAACACACACAGGAGAGAGAAACUUUGAAUGUAAUGAAUGUGGGAAAACUUACUGCAGGAAAUCAAACCUUAUUGAACAUCUGAGAAUACACACGGGGGAGAGACCCUAUAAAUGUGGUGAAUGUGCAAAAACCUUUAGUGCAAGAUCAUACCUCAUUGCUCAUCAGAAAACUCACACAGGAGAGAAGCCCUUUGAAUGUGAUGAAUGUGGAAAAUCUUUUGGCAGGAAGUCACAACUCAUUCUACAUCAGAGAACACACACAGGAGAGAGACCCUAUGAAUGUACUGAGUGUGGGAAAACCUUUUCUGAGAAGGCAACCCUCAUGAUUCAUCAGAGAACUCACACAGGGGAGAAACCCUAUGAAUGUGGCAAAUGUGGGAAAACAUUUCGUGUUAAGAUAUCUCUUACUCAACAUGAGCGAACUCACACAGGGGAGAAACCCUAUGAAUGUGGUGCUUGUGGGAAAAACUUUGGUGCAAAAAAAUCCCUAAACCAACAUCAAAGAAUUCAUACAGGUGAGAAACCCUAUAAAUGUGGUGAAUGUGGAAAAUUUUUCAGAUUGAAGAUGACUCUCAAUAAUCACCAGAGAAUUCAUACGGGUGAAAAACCCUACCAGUGUAAUGAAUGUGGGAAAUCUUUCAGUGUGCAUUCAUCUCUUGGAAUACAUCAGCGAAUUCACACAGGAGAGAAACCUUAUGAAUGUAACAAAUGUGGUAAUGCUUUCUACGUCAAAGCACGCCUCAUUGAACAUCAGAGAAUGCAUUCAGGAGAAAAACCCUAUGAAUGUAGUGAAUGUGGAAAAAUCUUCAGUAUGAAGAAAUCCCUUUGUCAACACCAGAGAACUCACACAGGAGAGAAACUUUGUGAAUGAAGAAAUGCCUUCUCUGUGAAAGUAUGCCUCAUUAACACAGGAGAGACCCUUUGAAUGCCAAGAAUGUGGGAAAGCUUUCUGGCAGAAGGCACACCUCACAGAACAUCAGAGAACUCACUUAGGCCAGCCCUUGCCUUGUACUGUGGAGAAAGCUUCUCUAAGAAGACUCCCCUCACCAUUUGAUCAAGCCCUUUGGGCCAUCUGAUUACUGGGGCACACAGAGUAUACCUGUAACAAUAUGGCUCCUGCCUUGGUGUGAAAAUUGUCCUGAUCCCCUUAGGGAGUGGCUCAUUGUUGUUUUCAUUUCAUUUGGAUUUCCAUAAUUAGUGGUUGAGAAUCAGCUUACCUGUUGACUGGUCAUUGUUAUAUUUCUUCUGUGCAAUGACUGUUCAUAUCCUUUGCUCAUUGUUUUCUAAUAGGCUGUCUUUUACUUCUUGGUUUAAAUGUUGUUUUCCUUGUUCUUUAAAAAAAAAUGAGAACAUAAAAAUCCCUUUUCAGUCAUUUGUGUUUCAGAUAUCUCCUCUCAGUCUG